CUUAUGUCUGCGCUGGUGGAAAGUCAAUACAAUAAAACAAUAUUUGUUUCGAAAUUGACAUGUGAAUCAAAUUCAUUAUACCACUCCGUUGACAUAGGCUAUAACUACUAUCUUAUCUGGAAUGGAACAUACUUGCCAGCUGUCAAUAGAGGAUGCAAGAUGAUGUUUGAACCAGAAUUAGAUAGUAAAAUCUGUGUUGAAGUUAUUGAGUUUAACAUAGAGGAAUGUGGCAUGUGCGUUAACUACUAUGAUGAAUGGUUCUUAGAUAAUAGUUAUGGAUGUAAGGACACUCCCUCGAAGUAUUGUCAUAGUUUUGGAGAAAUAUAUGUGGAACUAUUAAAUGGUAAAGUUGCUGACAAGACUCCGAAAAAAGGAACAUCAAAUGUUUUUCGUUUGAAAAUAUACGCUCAGAAAGACACUUUCUACAAGGACAAAGAUAAUCAUAUCAGUUCUAAUCCUCCACAAACAAUUCUUAACCAGCCGCCUUGCAACACAAACAACGAGGAAAUGACAACAGAAAACCAAGAUACCGUUCCUAUUGUAUUACAUGAAUAUGAAGUCUGCAAUGCUUGA